AUGCCCUUGCACAUCCACCUGAACGCUGUCUUUGGGGAUCUCGCACCACUGGAAGAUCUGUGGUUUCGGAAAGCGCGGCUGAGCAGCUUCGUCGUCAUUGACGAGGAUGGGAUUCCCAGACAAAAUGGUGGAGUGCCAGUAUGCUGCAACCCCUCAGGUCGAUAUGGCGGCGUUUGCACAUCAGACUGCAGUUUGGACCCUCGUUUCCAGAAAAGCAGCGCCCAAACAGAAGCGGAGCGUGCGUUUGCUGCACAGCAACAAGCGGAACAUGCCAAGAGAUUCAGAGGCGCCUCAGGUGGCUCUGGCGGCUCUGGCAGCUCUGGCGGCGGUGCUUCCGCAGGGCGUGGCGGCGGCACGGGCGGCGCCGGCGCGGGCGGCGCGGGCGGCGCGGGGGCGAAGGGCGCGAAGGGCGCGAAGGGCAGAUCGGAGCCUACGAAGGAGGAGCUGCCAGGCCUGAUUGGCAGAUUCCGGGGAGCCAACGGCGAGUACAACCCCUACGGCCAGUUUUUUCCAGCACCACCUGAGCCACCAAGGAAGCCAGGCUUUUGGCCCUGGUUUCAAGAGAAGGAGUUGCAGACGAUGUCAUCUCCCGAUCCACAGUAUUUUGUGACCAAUUGGAUGCGCCGAGCAAGCCACAUGAACUACAAAGGCUGGGCUGAAGGUCCUGUCGAUGUGAAGCCUGCAGUGACGGUCAACACAUCAGACCGGGGAGACCCGCCGCCCUUGCCAUCCCUUGACCUCAUUGAGAAGGGCAUCCAUCCUCUACGCAUCGCCACUGGCUUCGAGAAAGCGUGCGAGGUCGCUGUGAAGAAAGUGGAGGAGAUUGCAAAAGUCAUCGACAUCCAAGCAGAUGACCGCGCAGCUCUGCGUAAAGCCGCGAGCACAGCUUUAGGGUCCAAGGUGGUGAGCAGCCGCAAAGAUCAGCUGGCCAAGAUCAGUGUGGAUGCGGUCCUUGCAGUGACCCCCGACAUCCGGGGGUGGGGAGGUGAGCUGGGCGGAUGGAAACUGAGAGAUCUUCGCAUCAUUUUGGGUCCUCCAGUGAUACGAUACUUCUUUUGGAUGGUGCUGACGUUGAAUUAUGUUGAAUCCAUUCCACAUUGCUCGCAGCAUCACUUGCCGCAGCUGUUUGAAGCUGAGAAUGAGCCAACCCCCGAGCCGGCAGAGCUUUUGCAGAGUUUCGCCGCCACAGAUUUUAUCCAAGUCUUAGGCGUCCUGUGUCCUCCCAAAGCUAUGGAGGAACUGAGUGCGGGAAAAAGAGCGCGACAGCCGAAGCCCUCUUCCCCCACCCCCUCGCUCGCAUCCCAGUGCAGGGAGGUCCCAAACUGCUUGCGUUAUCUUGCGGCGGAGCUAUUCACGACGCAGCGGCUACUUGCAGCGCAGCCCUCCCCGGCGGCGCAGCGACUCGCGGCGCAACUACCCACCGCGCAGCCCCCCACCGCGCAGCCCGCCGCCGCGCAGCCCGCCGCUGAGCCCCCCGAGCCGCGCAGCCGCCCGCCUCGACGGGCGAGGCGAGUCCGUCGGCGGAGCUUCUCACGGCGGGGUGGCUAUCCCAAGGUUGGCUGGUGGGUUGAGGAGCGUCGAAGUCCAUACGGAAGAGAAAGCCGCAACCGCCAGAGUUCUCAGAUGAUGCUGGAGCUAUAA